AUGGCCACGUUCAGCCCCGACGCCUACACCGUCGGGUGGUUCUGCGUUCUCCGGGUCGAGGUCCAGGCGGCCAGAGCCAUGCUCGACGAAGAGCACAACCCACCAAACACCCCCUAUGACGAAAACUCGUACUUUCUGGGCCGCAUGGGAGAGCACAACAUUGUCAUCGUCGGGGUGGUUGUCAAGGGCCGUGCCUCUCUAGCCGAAGCCGCCGUCAACAUGAUCCGCACGUUCAAGCAGAUCCGCUUCGGGUUGAAGGUAGGAAUCGCCGGCGGCGCUGUCAAUGCCACCGAUCCGCGCGGCUUUCCCAGUGAUAUUCUCCUGGGCGAUGUGGUGAUCAGUAGACCAGAUGGUGGCCAUGGCGGGAUCUUGCAGUAUGACCAGGGCACGAAAUACCCCGGCAGAUACGAGAUCAAGUCGCAUCUGAACCGGCCCCAGACAUUGCUGAUAUCUGCCACUGGAAAGCUCGAGUUGGACCACGACGACGGGAGAGGGAAGAUGCAAAAGUAUAUCGCCCAGGCAAUAGCAAAAAUCCGCAAAGGAGAGGAAUACUUCUCUUUCCCGGGUCGCGAGCGCGAUCUGCUCUUUGAAACACCCUAUCACCACGCCGCCGGCAGCUCUAUCAAUUGCUGUGACAAAUGCGAUCGCACACACUUGGUGACGAACCGCGAAUCAAGAACAGCGCCCUCCGUGCACUACGGACUUGUCGCAUCGGCGGACACUCUCCUGCGUGACGGCGAGCUGCGCGAUGAGAUGCACGAGAGACACGAGGUUCUCUGCUUCGAGAUGGAGGCGGCAGGCCUCGCGAACAGGUUCCCCUGCCUUGCGAUCUGCGGGAUCGCGGACUAUGCGGACACUCAUAAGAACAAGCAGUGGCAGCCAUAUGCUGCUGUGACGGCGGCCGCGUACGCCAGGGAUCUUCUUGGUGUGAUCUCGCCCCAGGCGGUGGAAGAAUCGGAAUCGGAGCAGUGUACGUUGCAUUUCCAUGUGCAGGGCGCCGAUGAGAAGCCACGAGCGUUGUCUGGAAUCGAAACGGUUCUUGAUGCUGCUCAACGGAGCAAGAUCUUAGAAUGGCUUUCGCCUUUAGAGACCCCGACGGAGAACCGCAAUCUCACCGAUCUAUGUGCGAAUAUUGCCAAACACCUCCGAACAUCCUUCCCAUCGCGUCCUGUCAUCGCCAUAUAUCUGAGUGAUCAGCCGAGGAUACGCAAGAUGCAAACACCAGACGCCAUCUUAGGCUACAUAGUCCGACAGCUGAUCCAAUUUAACCCCAAAGUCGACCUCCCAUCAACGCUCACGGACGCACACGGGAGCCACGCAUCACGGACGGAGGCAUUCCUCAGACAGAUCCUCGAGGAGCUCCUAGCUAAGUUUGAACGGACCUACCUGAUCGUGGACGGCCUCAAUCAGUGCUCCGCCGAGGUUGUUGACGUUGCGAAAAUCUAUCCGAUGAAGCUUAUCCAGGAUGGAGUUGGGCUAAGCCUUCUCACAACAUCGCUCGGCUACAGAGAGACCACUGCGGUGGUAAAUUGCGAUAUCUGCAACCGGCAAAAUAUCGCUGUCUACUUCCACUGUGACUGCAACGAUGGCGACUUUGAUAUCUGUCUGGCGUGUAAGGACAAGGGGAAAGCCUGCCCUCAGGAUCACAAGGGCACCGAGUACGAUACUGUUCGGGUAGAAGUACGCGCUCGGGACGAGGAACUCGGUCUAUACUGCCAGAGCAGACUGAAACACAUCCCCAGGUCGUGCGGUGACCUUCGUGACGCGCGCCUGCAUCACUUUCCGCCCCACGAGCCCGCAGCAGUCGGCUAUCUGCACAAUAAGCCCGAUCUGCUCCACGAAGUGGCACAGAAUAUUGCAUCCAAAGCACAAGGAAAGUUCCUCCUCGCGAAACUCUGGACAGAGAAGCUGCUCAGUCUGCCCGUGAAGCCAAAGACCGAGCAGCAGCUGCUCGACGAGCUAGACUACAUGCCAUUUGGUCAUCUAAAAGGGUACUGCAAAGGAAGGAUCGAGACCUUGAAGCUGUACAAAGAUGAACCCGAGCUCGAGGUUGCAUUCCAGACGCUCACCUACGUUGCCGUCGCCUUGAGGGCUUUGCCGCUCCUCGCGAUCCAGCAUGCGUUAGCACUGACGAGCGAUUCCGGCGACAUCGGGAACCUGAACUUACAUCCGAGGACGUAUAUCCUGCGCGCGACGAACGGGUUGAUCACCGUAGACAAGGGAGACGUGGAACAUUCGUUCGUGCGGCUGCUUCACGAUACGCUGAGGCCGGUCUUCCGCGAAUUUGAACAUGAGCCGCGCUUGAAGAAUGCAAACUCUGCAAUGGCCUCGCUUUGCAUGGACUAUUUCCGCCACGAGCAGUUUGAUGCCCACUGUGAGAGCCUCGACUCGUAUCCGUUCUUGGUCUAUGCCUUGCAGCACUGGGGGGACCAUGUUCGCUUGGCUGCCUUGGAGGGCGAUUCCACACUCGAGGGCAAGGCAUGGCGUUUAUUGCAGGAUACUCAGCUCGUCGCAAAGCUUACUCGGGCCGGUCAUGGGCUGAAGGGUUUAGGCACCUUUAUCCACGAAGGUGUCAGCGCAGCUCAUCUCUGUGCCUGGUUCGGCCUGGCAGGUCUGGUGUGCAGAUUGAAAGGCGACAAUCUGGACGCCCAGGAGCCUCGACAUGGGUGCUCUCCCUUGCGCUAUGCCUGCCUCAAGGGACAUAGCGACACGGUAGAGCAGUUUUUGAAACUAGGCGUAGCGAUAGAAGAUGUGACGCUCGUUGAUAGUAUCCAAGGGAUACCCCGGACAAAGGCACCGCGCCUGGACGAGGAACAAAAGCGACGGAUCGAGAUUGUGGACAUACUUCUCAAGACAAAAAAGGUCAACGUCAAUGCCAGGGUGGGCAGGAAGAGCAGAACGGCGCUCAUGGUAGCCGUCCGAAACGGCCAUCAUGACCUCGUACGGUGCCUGCUAAGGAACGACGCGAUUGAUCUUGACGCCCGCGACGCUGAUGACCGCACUGCCGUAUCGUACGCUGUUUAUAAACAGCGAAGCUGGUAUCGCUCUCAAAGGCCUCUGAAGCAAGCGAGAGGGGACUUUAUGCUGAACCUGUUGCUGGAGCAGGGUGCCGACCCUAAUACAAGAGACAGCACCGGAAGAACAGUCCUAGCUCUAGCAGUUGCGACCGGCAACUCAUUAGCAGUCAAGGCCUUACUGGAUACUGGUUCAUUGGAUCUUACAUCUGAGAAGUAUAUUCUUCACCUCGCAAGUGCGGCGGCCUACCCAGAGAUCAUCCGCCACCUCCACGUUGCCCUCGGCCAGAAAACGGGCUGCACACCGGACAUCAACGCCCCAGACGAGGACGGACUAAGACCGCUGCACUACGCAAGCCUCUCACGAAGUACCCGUGCGGCCGACGCUGCAAAGACCUUGCUCGAUAUCGGCGCAGACCCUGACAGAGUCGACGUGAGGGGAUGCACCCCGUACGAAACAGCCUUCCUCGCGGACCAGACCAAUGUCAUCACAGCUUUCUCCCCGAGAGCGAUACACAGCAGCCGAACAAAACCAAUCACCGAUCUCCCUGCGCUAACUCUCGCAAGGAAUUGCCACUGGACCCUCUUGAAAGACCUGGUCAUAGCCGCAAGACCUGAUGUUGCACACAGGGACAUCUUGACAGGGGACACAGUCCUACACGUCGCCGCCGCCGCGAACCAACGAGACGUUGUCUCAGCGCUGCUCGCGCAGAGCAACCUGCACAUGGUCUCAAAGGUUGACCACCACAGCCAGACGGCACUGCAUCUCGCGCAGAGCGCUGAUAUUGCACGUACUCUCGUCCAGCACGGCUGCGACCCCGAGCAUGUAGAUUACGAUGGCGAUACCGCCUUGUCUCUCGCUCGCCAGAAACGUCCGAGACGUGGGCUUGCUGCCUAUCUUGCCGGCAUCAAGCAAUCCCGAGCUGCGAGCGGUGAUAGCGACAGUAAACGGCCUGUGGCCCGGGGCACACACGAUGUACCGUCGAGGAAUGCUGCCCCAG